UUUCAUUGCUCCGUCCAAGAAGGUGGUGUUGCUGCAACUUAGGUUACAACCAAGCGGUCAAAACUCACUGAAUUAAGCCUAAAAGCUGGAGAGUCUGUCAAAUGAAGAAACAUUAAGGGGGAAAAGUCUACUCUCUUGUAAUCGAGAUGGGCACAUCUGCUUUUUAUUGAAUGUUAAGCCAGUCUGACGGUUCUACCUUGUUAUUGCCAAUUGAGAAAGAAAUGCAUGCUUGAGGAAUCGAUAAAACGAUCUUUACAGCAAGGUUUAAAUACGACAAAUAAAUGCAACUACAAUGGCAAUUAAGGCUCUGGUUUUGUACGACUUUACUGCGGAACCCGGGAACAAUGAGCUGACGAUAAAAGAGGGUGAAACAGUCACCAUUACCAACCAGAAUAUAGGUGGGGGGUGGAUUGAAGUCCGGAAUUCUCAAGGGGAAACUGGACUGGUUCCAGAGGAAUAUAUUGAGGUCAAGAAUGCAGCUCCAGGGAGUGGCAGAUUCGCCCCCUCCGCUCAGUCGGUCUUCGAUCCAUUCGCAUGUACAGCGACUAGCGGCACCAGCAGUAAUCAGAUGAGCAAUGGCAACGACCCCUGGUCUCCCCAGAACACAGUCAAUGAGCAGGACUCCAGACUGAGCGGCUCAGCGGCUCGGCAAUCAUAUGCAAGGAACAGCUGGACUGCGCUGGAACACCCACAAGCCUACCAGGGCCCAGGGGCCAUGGAUGACGACGAGUGGGACGACGAGUGGGACGACUUCAACUCGCCAGGCCCAGGCUCUGCGGAGCCGGAGCCCGAGGUUGAGGAAACAGGUGGUUCUUACAAAGGAGAGGCACAAGGCGCCUCAAAGAAAAUUAACCUGAACAAAUUCCCUAGUUUCUCUAGGUCUGGUCCAGAAGUCUUCCUUCUUGCAAAUUUACCACCGAGGGGAAAAGACAAGAUAUCAGUCUGUAUGGGGGAAGUAGGUCCAGUCUGGUUAUAUCCACCUGUGCAGAUGGACUGUGUUGUUGCGGACCCCAAAAAGGGUUCAAAAAUGUAUGGCUUGAAGAGCUAUAUUGAAUAUCAAGUUACACCUAGUACAACGAACAGACCAGUUAAUCACAGAUAUAAGCACUUUGACUGGUUAUAUGAGAGGCUUCUUGAGAAGUUUGGGUCAGUCAUUCCCAUACCCUCCUUACCUGACAAACAGGUUACAGGUCGAUUUGAGGAGGAAUUCAUUAAGCUGCGCAUGGAGCGGCUCCAAGGAUGGAUGACUCGCAUGUGCAGGCACCCCAUAGUAUCCGACAGCGAGGUCCUUCAGCUGUUCCUCACCUAUAAAGACGAGAAGGAAUGGAAAUCGGGGAAGAGGAGAGCAGAGAAGGACGAGACCGUGGGCGUAAUGACCUUUUCCUUGAUAGAGCCAGAAGCGCCAGAAUUGGCUGUUCAUGAAGUAGAACAGAAGUGUGAAUCUUUCAGCCGCUUCACCAAAGCAAUGGACGACAGGGUGAAGGAAUUGCUCACUGUGGGACAUGAUCACUGGAAACGAUGCACAGGACCCUUGCCGAAACAGUACCAGAAGAUUGGGAAAGCCUUUCAGAAUCUGUCCACGGUUUUUAACAGCAGUGGAUAUCAAGGAGAGGAGACACUCACAAAUGCAUUAACCACAACGGGAAAAAUGUACGAAGAAAUAGCAAACAUUGUUUCUGAGCAGCCAAAGAAAGAUAUGCAUUUCCUGGUGGAGCUUAACAGUGAAUACAAGAGUCUCCUCGGCUGCUUUCCAGACACCAUCAACAUUCACAAGGCAGCCAUAGAGAAAGUGAAGGAUGCAGAUAAAUUGGUGACCACAAACAAGAUUAACCCUCAGCACAAGCACACCAUGGCUAAGCGCCUCAGCAACAUGUCGUAUUCCUUACAGGCUGAGAUGAACCAUUUCCAUAGCAAUCGUAUCCAUGACUACAAUAAGGUCAUGCAGCUGUACCUGACGGAACAGGUGAAGUUUUAUGAAAUGAUUGCUGUUAAGCUGCGAGAGGCUCUCAACCAGUUUGCCACACUCUAGAAGACAUCUACUGUACACAUGGACAUCAAGGAAAAAUCCCUAUUGCGGGGAAGAUGAUGUAAAUGUCAGAAUUUUCUGUUCUCGAAAUUAUCCAAAAACACUUUGUAAUUGUUCCGAGACCAGUUCUUCUUAAGAGGAGGUACUGAAAUCACUGCAGAGGUCAAAAGUCAGCGUAUGUGGAAGAAAGCCAUCUACUAAACUACAUCUACAACCCAUCUACAGUGGGAGUUAUUGUAAAGAAACAUUUUUAUUUAGAGUUAUGUUUAAAAAAGAGAAUAUAUUUAGAAACAUUUUCACAUGCUGGUCCAGGUGUAUAUGCUUCGAAAUAACAUGCUUACUGUACUUCUUACCUCAGGGGUUCUAAUGAUAAAUGACAACGGAAUUCCUCCAGGAGACACCAAGGUUUAUGUGUGUUAGUUUUCCUAAUCAUUACUAAUUAUUUAAAUGUAACUGAUAUAUUUGUACUUGUAUGUAUUAAUGGUUUAUAAAGUGCUUUGCAUUACUUCGGUGGCUUCGGUGCUUUUAACAUGAUCACUUGUGGCACUGCAGUUAAAUUGUCGCCAUGCUAAAGUAGUGACCUUUCUUUUAUGUUAACAAAUGGGACAUCAUACUCUAUUCUGCUCUUUCGGAGAUCGUGGGGGUCUGAAGUUGCCUACAUUUCAUGUGUCAUAAAACUUCUAAAGAUUUGGAAAAAUGAUAAAUAUAUAGUAUCUACUAUGUGAUGUUUCUCUGUGAAACUUUUUAAAUACGAACUGUAUUAACCUUUCAAUUGUAUAACAAUCAUGUCAUUAUGAGUUAUCACUGUGUUAUUAAUAUAUAAGAAAAUAAAGUAAUACCAUUACAAUUCUCAAA